AUGGCUUGGAUUAAAGAAGUCAGUUCCCACUGCGUACGCGAAACCCCCUUCCUAAACCAAAUUCCCAUUGGUCCCAAAGAUGGAGACAAAGAGACACGCCUCAAGCGCUGCAAGUCCGAGGUUGGUCCCGCAAACCCCAGCGGGGGCGCUUCUAAGGACGCACCUAAGCUUAAGAAUGGGGUCUUCCUUUCAACAGCGCCUGGUAUAGCUCGCCCCUUGAUGGCCCGACAGUGUACCGCAUGA